AUGGAACUUGCUGCUGAAGAGUCCCAGCUGUCUCACCUUUUCCUCAUAGGAGGGGUGCACCAGUCCCUUAAUCGUCUCAUCCCAGGUCCUUCUCUGCAGAGCUGCUUUCCAGCAGGUGAGAAGCCAGGGCCAGAGCAGGACGAAGUGAGGCUACAGAACGCCAGCAAGCAGAUCGUGCAGACGGCCAUCCUGCGAGCAGUGCAGCAAGUGUCUCAGGAGAGCCAGCAAAAGGAGAAGCGAACGCACAGUAGCAUGAGUCUCCAGCUAGAAAGAGGAAAACUAACCAAGAAGCAUGAAAAGAAGUAAAGUAUGGGAUUUGUUUGUUGCAGUCCUCUUGUCCACAGUAUUUUCGGCCUUCUCCUUAGUAUCAGCUGUACUGCCAGUGCAAUGUUACUGCUAUAAAGCAAACCAAAGUAUAAUCAACACCUAGGUAUAGAAUAAAGCUGCAAUAGUCCUCAGCUGAGAGAUACUAAGUGCAUUAGAUGACUAACUCCAUAUUUACGCAGUGCCUCUUAACAGAAACAAUAAUCAUUGCUAUAGAAGUAGUUUCCAGCACAAGCUCUUACGCUAUGGACUUAUAUUCCAAAGCUUCUAUGUGCAAUGUCUGUGUCAGUUCAACCGGCUGAACUCUUCUCUGAGUUAUUGGGUUCACUGAGGUUUUCUUCACUGAAGAAACAGUUUACUGUUGAGGGUAGGGGAUUGCUUUCAGACUGCCUUGAAACGCGAGUCUGUAAUUUGUUUUGAUUAAACACGAACUAUGUGAAAUGGCAGGAUAAAGUGGAUUUGGUAAGUUCCAUGAAUCAGUCUUGGUUUUUUUCACCCUAGAGGAAGAAAAAAAAUUUAGUAAGACUUUACAGUGACUAUGAUCAUGAUCGUAGUUCUAGAAUCUUUUUCUUUUUUUAAAGAAGUUAAAAGAAGUACUGAAGCUCUGGUCUACUUAUUUGAUAUGCUUCUAAACUUCUGCGUAAAAAUCACUUGUGCCUCAACUACUCCUUUUAAUUUUCUUGUUAUUGAAAGACACUUGUUAUUGAUGUGCUGGUAUGCAGUUGUCUAGCUCUUCCUUCAGUUUUGUAAAUUUGCUGUGGCUUGAUUUACAGCAAGUGAACACUGGAGUGGCUUAAAAGAAGGUUUUGCAUUUAUUAAUAUCUUGAAGAAUGGAAACAUAUUGUAUCUGAAUUCUGUCACGGUAGAUAUUUUCCAAAUACUGGUGUAAAGUGACUCUAGAUAUUUGCAGUUGUCACGUAGAUUCACCUUAAAUAGCACUGCACUAAGCUGAUAAUACAGGACUUACCCUUUAAAUGCUCUCUAUAGCUAAAGAAAUCCAUGAUAUUUCAGAAAAUACGAAUUAAAUAAAUGUAGUUUUCACUUUCAUGUUCCCUUACUGUAACGAUGACUGCACUAUCACACAGUUGAAAUGAAUGACAGUAUAUUUCAUUCUAGAAAUGGCUUGUAGCUCUACUUUAGCUCAAUUCCUAUAAUAAUAUAUCUAGAAUAUGGAGAAGCAGAUGCGCAGGAUCUGCGAAGAAGGAGACAAACUUUUGUAAUUACUUUUCUAUUCAGUGAGAUGUUUCUCAAAGAGACUUUUUGGUUUAAGUAAUUGACUAUUACUUAGUGUGUCCUACUGCUUGUGUUAAACAAUUUCAGGAUUCUUUCUCAUGGCUUGAGGCUUAGCUCAUGAAUAGCCGCAUACUGUAAUAUUAAGCCUCUGAAUUCUGCUGGUUCCAUUUUUUUUUAAUGAACAGCCCUGACUCAUACCAGAUAAUGAUCUAGCUCAAUCUUCUUUCACUCACUUAAAAUGCAAAGAAAAACUCAACAUGAUUAAAGUUAUUCUAAAUCCUCCAAUAAUGAAAACUGAAUUGGAUUGCAAGUACAGUUCUUCACUUCUGUAGUCAUUCUUACUGGGUGAAUUUUCCCAGCAAAAAAAGUUUUGAAAAGUGGAAGUAGUGGCUCUCGAGGCAUCUAUAUGUUUGUCAUAAUAGUCAUUUUUUAUCACUAGUUUCUUCAUCAAUUGAUGUUAAGUCGGAGAUGGCUCUUUUCUAAGCAGUCACUGCAUCAUUUUUUUCCAAGAGCCUAAGAAACAGAUCAGGCACCAAGGUUCAGCUCAGAGGCUGAUGGGCAGGCAAGUCCAGUGGCUGAGGGAAAGGAAGCCUGUUGGAGAGACUCCAAGGUGCAAAGUGAUGUUUGCCAUGGACUUGCUUACAGUUUAGCAGGAAAGAAAGCUGUAGGACAGCAAAAUCACCAUUCCUUUGGGAUUAUUCUACUUUUUUUUAUGCUUUCUUCUCCCAGAAUUUUGCAAGACGUCUUUCUUUUCUAUGUUACUGUUAAUCAACUUUUUAGUAAUCUUAUUGUGACCUGGAAAUUUGUUUGCCUGUUUGAGUCUUUUAAACCAUCAUAUAGAAAAAGAGUAACAUUGAAAGUCAGUGAAUCUAGGCUUUUGCAACCAUUUUGCGUGAGCCUGUUCCACUCCUCCUCCCACUGUGCAGUUCUAGGUGCUCACUUUACCAACCUAGUCCUUUUUGACACACUGUUAUUAAACAAGAAAAUCAUGCCCCUCACUUCAGCGCUGUCAGAAGUCUGAUACUCUGGAGAGAGAAGAGGAGUAGAAAGUCUCAUAGAGCCUUGAAGAAGCUUUCUGCAGUCUCCUAUCAAGGAAAACCAAAUAGUCUAGUGUAAAUUGCACAGUCUUUCCUUAGAGCCAAACAAAGCCUCUCUGAUCUAUACAGUACCUAUCUCUAAAUUAUGGCACACAUUUAGUAUCUCCUAUAGACAAAGGAUGUUCUGCACACCACCUGCAUCCAGUAAACACAGCUGAGAUCUGCACUAUGUGUGUGAGAAUUGCACAAAAUCAAAUUUGGCCCUUGGCUUCUUAUAUACUUACUAAAUGGUGACGGCAAGUGUUUUCUGGUAACUUCACUUAUAUUUUCUGGAGAAAAUAGACUAGAAGCUAUUAGAGAUGUGAUGCAGGUCUGAUUAUGAAUAAAGACAGUUUUAACAUCUUGUAUGUCUCUGGUUUCUGGUGUCAGAAGAAGGGAAGCAAUGUUUAGACUCAGUAGACAAUCUCUUACCAGGUAAGCAAUGUGUUCGUGAAGUUCAGACUGUUAAACGCAACAUUCAACAAAAUAAUUCAUAUCUUACCUGUGGGAGGCAAUCAAAUUGUUUCUAUAUGCAUUUAAACUUGCCAACUUUUGGCAUUUGCCAAGAGUAAGUAGAAGUACGCACAAACAUGCAAAAAUACAUUUAUUGAAACUGUUUUCAUGAAGUAGAAUCAGGUGUCUGUGGCUAUCCUGCCCUAUGCUUGCUAUAUUUUGAUUCAGGGUGGAUUACCACAAUUUUUUUUUCCUGUACUGGGACUAGUCUGUGUAAUGUAAUCACCUUCUAUAAAGCAGCAAAACCUAAA